GUUAAGUUACAAACAUUUUUUAUUGGACGAUGCCAAAUAAUUUUCCAAAAUAGAUAAGUUUGUUUUUAUAACUGGGCCGACAGCCAGAUGUUGCAGUAUUUGUCCCACAAUUUGAUGGUCUUUUCUAAGUAAUAACGUAUUCAAAAAAUGGGUAAAGGCAAAGGAGGUAAUAAGGGAGGCAACACCCCCGCUACACAAGACAAAAAAUCUGCGUCUGUAGGUAAAGCUGCCGAACAAAAUACCACUGGGGGCAAGGAUUCUAAACCAAAAACGGUAAAUAAAAAAGGUGGAAAAAAAUAACGAAUAACUUUGCGUUUCUUUUUACUGUAUAAAACAAUUGUUUUUUAAUAUAGUGUUGUGUGUUAAUGGAUUUUAUUAUUCUUUUAAUGGUAUCCACCUUCUAUAUAUGUUACGACUAGAAAUCGAUUAUCAAAAUAUUUUGUUUUGUAAUUGAUUUAAUAAUCAUUGAGAAAUACAAAGGAUAUUUUAACACCAACAUCCACGGCUAUCGUUGUGGGAUCACAAAACACCUAAACCUCUUAUCCUAUGAAACCAGUUGCAAAGGGGAUACGAGACGUCACUGCUUAGCUCUUAGGCCUUCUAUAAUUUGGAUGAAACGAUCUCUGAAUUUGAAAAACGACAAGUGUCAAAUUUUUGGGUUGGCCGCCUAACCCAAUUUUUUAAUUUUUUUUGGGUAUCGUUUUUCUGAGUUUUAUCAACGUUAAUAUACAUUUAUGUUUAUGGACAGGCUAAUUACAUUAAUUGAAAUCCUUUAGUGGAAGAGCCAAAAUGGGAACAGUGCACGCGAAAGUGCCUGAAGACACCGCCAGAAAUGUCGGAGAUUUCGCAAAAAAAACUGGAUUAGCUGACUCAACAAAAGAAAACCAAGCGAAAGAAAUCGAUCUGGAAAAAGUUAAAGCCCGAGUCGAUAGAGUUAACGUCGACGGACUAGGACGAACCAAGAAUGAUAUUGUGGAAGAUUGCAUAAAAGAUUUAUUCAAAGCUAAGGAUUUUCAGGAGGUCCUGUUAAAAGCACAUAAGGCCCGCGUUAAACUAGAUGAACUGGGAUGUUUUAAGAACAUCGGUGUUUACAUAGAUACGAAUAAAGCAGCGAAUGCUACGGCCGAUGGUUUAGAAGUUACUUUUGAUGUCAAGGAACACAAACGGGUAACUGGGGGAGUCAGCACGCAUGUAGGUAACAAUGAGGGCACUUUAACCGUUUCUAUGAAAGCUCCAAACUUGUGCGGCAGAGGGGAGCGAGUCCAAAUCGAUUACAGUCACGGUUCAAAGAAAACUAGUAACUUUAACUUAUCAUUCCUUAAGCCGUUCAGGGGAACACAUAGGCCUAUACUGACGACAUCUAUAUUUAAUUCAAACUCUGAAUGGCCGAAUUCUGGUUACAAACUGCUCGAACGAGGCAUCCUGUUAGAUUUGGGACUGUAUUCUAGUCCGCUCUUGAAACAUAAUUUUCAAUGGGAGGCCUCAUUGAGAGACCUCACGACUCUGACUCGAGCAGCUUCGUUCAGCGUUCGCGAGCAGUGUGGUGCUUCGAUGAAAUCGUCAUUGAAACAUAUUCUCGGUGUGGACCUCAGGGACGAUUUAAUAUUCCCCAGUGCAGGCUCGUUAGUUCAGUUAACAUCUGAACUGGCCGGCCUAGGUGGUGAUGUGGGCUUUCUAAAGAACGAAGUGCUUUUUCAAGACAAUUAUUCAUUAUUCGGGGAUGUUGUUUUGCAGGCCUGUUUCACUGCAGGCUAUCUGUCCAGAUUAAGUAACGACAAAAGAAUUACAAUAGCAGAUAACUGCUACCUCGGAGGUCCACUCUCCGUUCGAGGCUUCGAGACCAGAGGAAUCGGGCCCCAUUCGGACGGCGACGCUUUGGGGUCGUCGGCUUACUGGGCAGCCGGCUUGCACAUAUUUACCCCGCUGCCUUUUAGGCCCGGCCAGGGAACUUUUGGCGAUCUCUUUCGUACCCAUUUGUUCGUCAAUACUGGCAACGUUGGAGAUUUUAAUUUAGAGCAAAUUUCAAAAGGUGACCUUAUAGAGAUCUUAAAAACAAACGUCAGAAUGUCGUACGGCAUAGGCGUGGCUCUUAGACUUGGCAACAUGGCCAGGUUAGAGGUAAACUACUGUUUCCCCUACAAAUUUGACAAGGGCGACCAGACGCAUCCCGGUAUUCAGUUCGGCAUCGGGGUGCAGUUCUUGUAGAGUCGUUCGACAAAUUGAAAUGUAGCGCAAAGUAUUUUUAUGAGAGUGUUGGAGUUCGUUUGUCCAGAAAUGUUUAUGUGUAUAAAUGGAAUAUAAUUUAUUAC